UGAUCAGGUAAUCAGGAGAUGCUUGCCGAACCAUGAGGUUGACUCCGUCCUGCAGUUCUGUCAUUCUUCUACAUCUGGUGGUCAUCUUGGCAUUCAGAGGACAGCUCGCAAGGUGUUUGACUGUGGUUUUGACUGGCCCACCAUCUUCAAGGAUGUGUGGAAGAUUUGCAGCACUUGUGAGCAGUGUCAGAGAGCAGGAGGAUCCCUUACAUGGAGACAGCAGAUGCCUCAGCAGCCCAUGCUAUUUUGUGAGGUGUUUGGAGUACCCAGAGCUAUUGUUAGUAGUGAUCAGGGCACCCAUUUUUGUAACAGAUCUAUGCAGGCUUUGCUCAAGAAGUAUGGGGUAGUGCACAGAAUUUCUACACCCUACCACCCGCAGACUAAUGGGCAAGCUGAGAUUUCAAAUAGGGAGAUCAAGAGGAUCUUAGAGAAGAUUGUGCAGCCCAACAGAAAAGAUUGGAGCAAUAGGCUAGAGGACACUCUUUGGGCGCAUAGGAUUGCCUACAAGGCACCUAUAGGGAUGUCUCCUUAUCGGGUUGUCUUUGGUAAGGCAUGUCAUUUACCUGUGGAGAUAGAGCACCGAGCUUACUGGGCUGUGAAGACUUGCAACUUCACUAUUGAUCAGGCUGGAGAGGAAAGGAAGUUGCAACUGAGUGAGCUUGAUGAGAUCCGCCUUGAAGCUUAUGAGAACUCUAA